UACUCCACAAGCCCAGGCCUCUAUUUGACUCCUGCUGCCUUCCUUGCUGUUACAUUCUACAACAUCCAUGAGUGGAACACUGGAAACACUCCGCAAAUGAACAUGAGUUGUAAUUUCACCAAUGAGACUGGGAACACCCCAUUGGUCACCAUCUACUGCACGGUUCUGAUCAUCGGCGUCCCAGCAAACUUUCUGACUUUGUUUCUUACCAUGAUGCAAAUCAAGAAGAAGAACGUGAUGGCUGUCUACCUCUUCACCUUGUCUGUGUCAGACUUGUUGUACAUGGCCACCAUCCCUCAGUGGAUCCGUUACGUGAUGAACAAUCAUAAGUGGCAGGAUUCCGAAUUAGCCUGUAAGAUAACGGGCUUCAUUUUCUUCAACAACCUCUACGUCAGCAUCCUCAUCCUCUGCUGUAUCUCGGUUGACCGGUACGUAGCGGUGGUUUACUCUCUGGAGUCACGGGGCCAGCGACGGCAGAAGAAAGCCUGGGCCAUCUGUAUCAUCACCUGGCUGCUUGUCGUGAUAUCCCACAUUCCUGUCUUCACCCUGAAAGAAGACAACGACAAAGGAUCGUGCUUCGAAACCUUUCCGAUGACCAAUAUGGUGGCCCGCUUAAGUUGUGCCCGGUUCUGUAUUGGUUUUUUCAUUCCCCUGAUCACGCUCAUUGCCACAAACAUUAAGAUGUUCCUGAUUGUCAAGGCAAGCGGGAGUUUGACUGAUAGACAGAAAAGCAAAGUGAGGUUUCUGACUAUUUCUGUCAUAGCCAUCUUCUUGUUCUGUUUUGCCCCGUACCAUUGCCUUCUCCUGGGUAGAGCUGCCGUUUCCUUCCUCAGCUAUGAAGUGAGUUGCGCCUUCGAGAAAAAGAUCCAUUUCUUGUCCACGGUCUUUAUCUGCCUGUGCACCGUAAACAGCGCCAUCAACCCCAUCCUCUAUGUCUUUACCAGUGAAAACUGCAGACACGACCUACGCAGAGGGUUGAGAUGUUUGAGGAACCCGUCUAACCAUAGCAGCAGGUCCGAGACCAUCACCCUGCGCAGAUCCCAGAAUUAAACCUCACCUGGUGAUUUCUCCCCUGGGCGUAAAGUGAUAGCGACCACUACGACAGCAGUGACACCCUCAGUGACUACAGUUCUAUACCACAAUAUUUUGCACAGCACCUUGCAAGGUGGCUCACAGAGAUUGCGGUGGCCAGGGGUUAGGGGGCGGGAGGUGAGGAUUUCACUGCGGAGGUCAUGAAACAGGCCAGAGUUUGCAGAGUGAAGGUAAUGGGUGGUGGAGGUGGACACCAGAAGAUAGCAGAAGUAGGAUGGAGAAAGGCUGGAGGUGCAUUUCGAGGCAAGGAUGAGGAUCUUAAAGUCAAUUUAGUGGGUGCAGUAGGUCAGUGGCGCAGGGUGGAGAAGGGGAGGACUAUUGGUUUGUGGAACCUCGUGUGAGAGAGAUUGUGGGCUGAGGAGUUCUGGCUGUACUGGAGAUUGUCUAGGGAGUAGUCGGGGAGGCCAGUGAGCAGGGGGUUGAAAAAAUCUAGUCUGGAGGUACUGAAGGCAUGGAAGAGGGUUUGAACUGCGCUGAGGUGAGGCAGGAAUGGAGAUGGGCGAUGCUGUGGAGGUGCAGGAAAGCAGGCUUGAUAAAGAACAGGAGACUCAGACGAGAGCCAUUCUGCCCUCACUCUCUCCGGAACUACCUCACAGUCCCUCCGACUCGCUCCCUCAUUCCCUCCCUCCCCUCGUUCAAGGCCCAUCUAAAAAAAAAGCGUCCCUCUUCGAAAGCUGAGUCCGGUUGUGAAAGGUGCUGUGUAAAUGUGAAUUGUGUUGUGCUGUAUUCGGCGCUGUAUCGUGCCGUGAUUGUAGGAAUUCAGGUGAAAACCUUCUCAGGGAAUCCGUCCUCUUGUGUUUGUCAGCCUGGCUGAGCUCAGGUGAAUGUAGCUAUGGAGAAAUCAUUGAAUGGUACAGAGUAUGUCACAGAAGGUAAUGGCUGUACACUCAAUCGCGCUGUCCCCCUCAACGGCCUGGUUUGAGUCCUACUUAACCAACCGCCAUCAUUUUGACUACGCAAUGUUUCUUCCUCCCUCUCCCAUCCCUCCCUGGCCAACUGCAGAUACCCCGAGUCUCCAUCCUCAGGCCCCUUCUUUUGUUUAUUUACUUGCUAUGUGGAUGAAACACAAAUCUACUUCUCCUCCAGCUGCAAGUCCAGGUUCUCUGACGUUCUGUUUAAUAGGGCCCAGUGUGAAGGACGCUAUAUAAAUGUGAUUUGUUGUUGCUGCACUUGUCUAUAGAGCACUGAACCUUGAGCCAUGUAGAAAUUUGUAUCUGAAAUUAAAAACU